GGUAAAAGUGAAUCUCAAACUUGAGUGUAUAGUAUAUAUAUAUAUAUAUAGAGAGAGAGAGAGAGAGAGGGGAGAUAGAGUGAGAGAGAAUGGGGAAAGGAAGAGCACCUUGUUGUGACAAGAGUAAAGUGAAGAGAGGUCCAUGGAGCCCAGAAGAAGACUUGAAGCUCAUAUCUUUCAUUCAAAAGUUUGGUCAUGAGAACUGGAGAUCUCUCCCCAAACAAUCUGGUCUGUUGAGGUGUGGGAAGAGUUGUCGUCUAAGAUGGAUUAAUUACCUCAGACCAGAUGUUAAGAGAGGUAACUUUAGUGCAGAGGAAGAAGAAAUGAUCAUCAAGCUUCAUCAAAACUAUGGAAACAAGUGGUCCAAAAUCGCUUCUAAACUUCCAGGAAGAACAGAUAAUGAGAUCAAGAAUGUGUGGCAUACCCAUCUAAAGAAAAGAUUGGUUAAGAAUCCAGCUGAACCGGCCUCUCCUUGUUCUACUGAUAAGACUCAAGCAGAAGAUCGUUUGACCAUAAAGACCUCUCGUGACUCUACUACGUCAGUGUCUUCUGGUGGUUCCAACAAUUUAAACCAAGAAGAUGAUCCAAAUAUAGGUUUAAUGUUUGAGUAUAGCGAGUUUAACGACAUUAUUCAAGAAGUAGACAAGCCCGAUCUACUGGAGAUCCCUUUUGACUCAGGUCUUGACAUAUGGAGUUUCUUAGAUGGUCCAAACGAGAACAGUUCAGUUUCAAGAGGAGAAGAAGAGUGUGAUGAGGAUGAAGUCAAGAAAUGGUUGAAGCACUUGGAAACCGAACUCGGAUUAGAAGAAGACGAUAAUCAACAGCUUAAACAUGGAGCACAAGACAAAGAUUCAUCACUCUUGACGACCUACGAGCUCAUGACACAUUAACAAAUACCAAGUUGUGAUUACUUGACGUAUUUUAUAUUUUCAUACGAUGAUCCCAAAGAGAGAGAUUAUUAUGGAUAUCUAUAUUUACAAGGAAAGUUAGGUAGUAGAGAAAAUGUAUCUCAAUUUCUUGUCAUUUUCAGUGUAUAAAUAAUACGUAUAGCUGGUUAAAAUAUACUAAAUAAUACUAAAGCUUCAGACUAAAC